GGAGUGCGCGCCGGCAGAUCACAAGGCAGUGGCGACGGAGAAGGCCUGGAGAUCUGCUCGUUCAGCCCUUCGCCCGCGGCCUACGCCGAAGCGUGUGUGCGCAUCCGAAGAGCGACCGGGAGCCGCAGCCUUCAGCUCUGAGGUACUGUGCUCCGCGCUGCUCCCCGGGCCGCCCCAGUCCGUUUCGGCGGCGCCUUCUUCCUGCCUCCUUCCCUCGCGCCCUCUCGCUCGCCAAGCGCCUUCCCUGCCAGCCUGCGUCACCGCGGCCGCCAUGGCUGAGAACGGCGAGAGCAGCGGUCCCCCGCGCCCCUCCCGCGGCCCUGCAGCGGCUCCAGGCGCAGCCACUACAGCCGAGCCCAAAAUCAUCAAAGUCACUGUGAAGACCCCCAAAGAGAAGGAGGAGUUCGCGGUGCCCGAGAACAGCACUGUCCUGCAGUUCAAGGAAGCGAUUUCCAAACACUUCAAAUCUCAAACCGAUCAGCUCGUGCUGAUUUUUGCCGGAAAGAUCCUGAAAGAUCAAGAUACCUUGAUCCAGCAUGGCAUCCAUGAUGGACUGACUGUUCACCUUGUCAUCAAAAGCCAGAACCGUCCUCAGGGCCAGUCCACCACGCAGCCUAGCACCACCGCGGGAACCACAACGACGACCACCACCACCACGGCUGCAACAACAACAGCGACAUCGACUCCCAGGAGUAGCUCCACACCUACUUCCACAAAUAGCAACCCGUUUGGGCUGAGUGGACUUGCUAGCCUUAGCAGCCUGGGGUUGAGCUCGACCACCUUCACUGAUCUUCAGAACCAGAUGCAGCAGCAGCUCAUGGCCACCCCUGAGAUGAUGAUCCAAAUCAUGGAAAAUCCCUUUGUUCAGAGCAUGCUUUCGAAUCCUGAUCUGAUGAGGCAGCUCAUCAUGGCCAAUCCACAGAUGCAACAAUUGAUCCAGCGAAACCCAGAAAUCAGCCACCUACUGAACAACCCAGAUAUAAUGAGGCAGACUCUCGAAAUCGCCAGGAAUCCUGCCAUGAUGCAAGAGAUGAUGAGAAAUCAAGACCUCGCUCUCAGUAAUCUUGAAAGCAUCCCAGGUGGCUACAAUGCUCUGCGGCGCAUGUACACUGACAUUCAAGAACCCAUGCUGAAUGCCGCACAGGAGCAGUUUGGGGGUAACCCGUUUGCCACAGUGGGGAGCAGUUCCUCAGGGGAAGGCACCCAGCCUUCCCGCACAGAAAACCGGGAUCCGUUGCCCAAUCCUUGGGCACCACCGUCAACUACCCAGAGCUCUGCCACCACCAGCACGACUACAACCAGCAGCACUAGCAGCACCAGCACCAGCAGCACCGUGUCUGGCACUAGCUCUACUAAUACUACCACCGGGAACAACACCGUGGCUGCAGCUAAUUAUGUGGCUAGCAUCUUCAGUACCCCCGGAAUGCAGAACCUGCUGCAACAGAUAACCGAAAAUCCCCAGCUGAUUCAGAAUAUGCUGUCUGCGCCCUACAUGAGAAGCAUGAUGCAGUCGCUGAGCCAGAAUCCAGAUUUGGCUGCCCAGAUGAUGCUGAGUAGCCCACUGUUUACUGCGAAUCCUCAGCUGCAGGAGCAGAUGCGUCCACAGCUCCCGACUUUCCUGCAGCAGAUGCAGAAUCCAGACACACUCUCAGCCAUGGCAAAUCCGAGAGCGAUGCAAGCAUUAAUGCAGAUCCAGCAAGGGCUACAGACUCUAGCCACUGAAGCACCUGGCCUGAUUCCAAGCUACGCUCCAGGUUUGGGGUUGGGAGUGCUGGGAACCGCCAUAACCCCGGUAGGCCCAGUCACUCCCCUAGGUCCCAUCGGUCCUAUAGUUCCUUUCACCCCCAUAGGCCCUAUUGGGCCUUUGGGACCCACUGGCCCUGCAAGCUCGCCUGGAUCCACCGGCACUGGGGUCCCCACUGCAACCACUGUGUCCAGCUCUGCACCUACUGAAACCUUAAGUCUGACAUCAGAUUCUGGACCCAGCCAGCAGUUCAUUCAGCAAAUGGUGCAGGCUCUAGCUGGAGCAAGUCCUCCACAGCUGCCGAAUCCAGAAGUCAGAUUUCAACAGCAACUGGAACAGCUCAACGCCAUGGGGUUCUUAAAUCGUGAGGCAAACUUGCAGGCCCUAAUAGCAACAGGAGGAGACAUCAACGCGGCCAUUGAGAGGCUGCUGGGCUCCCAGCCAUCGUAAUUACAUUUCUGUACCUUGAAAAAAAAUGUAUCUUAUUUUUGAUAAUGGCUCUUAAAUCUUUAAACACACACAAAAUUGUGCUUUCCUUUUAUUUUGAUUCUUUUAAAUCUGUCUACUUAUAAAUCUAAUACGAUGCAUUUUAAGGUGGAGUCCCUCCCUUCCCUUCCUGCUCCUCCUUCUCCCCGCCACCCUCCCACCCACCCUCUCCCUUCCCUUCCAGCCUGCCCUCUCCCCUCUUUGUUUCCUUCCCUGCUUCAUUCCUUCCUUUUCUUCUUUUGAUUUCCUUCCUUUUCUUAUUUGAAUGGUGGGAAUCAAUACUGUUUCACUCAAAGGUGUUGCAUGCAAACACUUCUCUUUAUUCUGCAUUUAUUGUGAUUUUUGGAAACAGGUAUCAGCCUUCACAGUUGGGUGAACAAGUUUUGUCCUACAGAUGUCCAGUUUAUUUGCAUUUUAAACAUUAGCCUAUGAUAGUAAUUUAAAUGUAGAAUGAAGAUAAUAAAAACAGAAGCAAAUUAUUUGAAGCUCUCUAAUUUGUGGUAAAAUAUUGCUUAUUGUGACUUUGGCAUGUAUUUUUGCUAGCAAAUGCUGUAAGAUUUAUACCAUUCAUUGAUCGUUUUGCUAUUUGUACACAGUACAGUAAGCACAAUUGGAAUUGUACAUCUAGAAGUAUUACUGUAGAAUCUGAGCAGGAUAUGUGUAACCAAAAUAAGAAAGAAUAUAAGAAAUAUUCCUGAAGCUAGGUAUGUCUCACAAUUUUGUAGAAUCUUACAGCAUAUUUGAUAAAUUUCUCAGUGAAAAUGUUGGCUAGGCAAGUUCAGUUAAAAUAUAGUAGAGAUGUUUAUCCUGGUUUCUCUAAGUAUACAUUAAUUGUACAGAAAACUUACAGUGUAACAUUGUGUCAACAGUUGCAGAUUGAUUGUAUAUGACCUUAAUCUUUGUGCAGCCUGAAGGAUCAGUGUAGUAAUGCCAGGAAAGUGCUUUUGACCUAAGAUUUCCUCAGCUUCUCCCAUGAAGAGACCCUAAUAUGCAUUUUGAUUUGUAAUUGGAAAUGUAACUUUUACUGGAAGUGUCAUGUGAUGUUUGCAUUACUUUUAACUGCUAUGUAUAAAGGAAAGUGUAUCUUUUGGCUCUAUCAGUUAUUUCUCUUGUGCACAGGAAAAAAUGCAUUAAAAUGACUAAAAAAAUAAAAAAAAAAUAAAAAAUGGAAAAA